GCCCACUGCCCCAUCCAUACCAGUGGUCAAAACCGUGAGCCACCUCCCUCCCUACUGCCCCCCCCCGCCACUCCGCACUGAUGGUGCACUAGCAGCAGCCGUGAGCUCCUCCGUGUGGAGCGCCGACUGCUUCUGAUCUGUGGUUCUUGUUUUGUUCCGGUUUGCCUCUGGUUGGAAGAGAGAGAUUUGGCGUGGGAAGGGCUGAUGUUGCCUGGGGGGGGGGGGGGCACCGACAUGGGGCUAAUGGGGGCUCGAGUCAGAGUGACGGCGGUCGGGCGGUUGUGGUGACGCCGUCUCGACUCGCCCGGCGUGGGAGACAGCCGUGCGGUGCAGCUACGGGCGCCCCAACGACCUCCCGGGCUUGGCUAACGAUGGCCGCCUCACGCGACGCUGUAGCUGACUCGGAGCAGCUCACGGGGCAGCAGGAGCCCGGAUUCCUGCGGGACGGUGGAAAAGGUGGAGCAGGAGAUGGUGGAGGAGGAGAUGGUGGAGGAGGAAGUGAUGGAGGAGGUGAUGGAGGUGGAGGUGAUGGAGGUGAUGGAGGUGGAGGUGGUGGCCUCUAUCGGAUGACGGUGACCACGGUGGAGACGGAGCUGCUUACCACGCGGGUGUUGGUGAGAGGGGGAGGGGUCGGAGCGGAUUUCCACCAGAGCGGAACGACCCGCUCCUUUGACUCCGCGUUCCCCACAGAAUCACCGCUCCACCCCGGGCUCCAUGCCUACUCCGGCGCCCGCGAGGCGCUGCGCGCGUGGCUCCAUGGCACGCGCCUCGCCGUGGAGCAGCAUGACGGUUUCCAUGGCGACGUCGCCGACACGCAGCGCCACAUCGACGCGCUGCAGGCCGUGCUGGACAAUCUCCCGGAGGGGCGCUCUCUGCUCGAGCACUCGGCCGUUGAGCUGGAGACGCUGGCGCUGGCCCGUGGGGGUGGGGGGGGCGCCCCCCCCCACGGCCCCCCUACCCCCGGUGCCCCGCCCCCCGUGCCGCCGGCUGCCCUGGAGGAGGCGGAGCGGACGCUGGAGGGCGACCGGCAGGCCCUGGGCCUGGUGAGCGCGCGUGCCCACGCGGCCUGCCUCGCCCUCGCCCAGCGCCUGCAGCGGUUGCACAGGAGCGGCGAGCGGCUGCUGGAGUUUGAGCGCUGGCUCCGGGGCGUGGAGACGGCGCUGGGCCAUGGAGCGGCCUCGGGGAGGCCCGGCGAGGAGAAGGAGGCCAUCGCCUCCGCCAUGGAGGCCCUGCUCGAAGACAUCAACCAACACAGGCCGCAAAUGGACGAGGUGACCGGCGCGGGCGACGACACCCCCGUGGGGGAGGCGGUGGGGGGCGGGGGGGCGGCAGCGGCGCCCCUCGCCCCCGACGCGUGUCUGCGCGGGCGCUACGACGCGGCACUGGCGGCGGCCGCGCUGCGCGCCAGGGAGGGCCGCGUGCGGGCACAGCUGGACGCGGCGUGGCGCUCUGCGCGCGCCGACCUCUCGCGCUUCUGCGAGGACGUGCGGGCACAGCUGGGCGCCGUCGACUGCGUCGUGGGCCAGCGCCACGAGCUGCACGCACGCACGCAGCUUAGCAAGCGCCUGCUGGGGUGCCGCGGCGAGGGCGAGCGCCUGCUGGCGUCGCUGCUGGGCGCCGGGCGGCUGGUGCUGCGCGCGGCGCUCUGCCCCGUGGAGCGUCGCGCCGUCCAAGCGGCUCUGCACGACGAGCAGUCCGCCUGGGACGAGCUGCACACGAGCUGCGUGCACGCACACGGCCGUCUGGAGUGGCUGUACCUGCAGUGGCGGAGCUACUCGGAGCGACGCACGGCGCUGCUGCGUGCGCUGGCGGCGCACGUGAGCGCAGUCGACGCCCUGCUGCUCCCCCAGCCCAGCCUGGCCGACAAGGAGGCAGCGCUGGACAGGUGCCGCGAGGUGGACGGGGCGCUGCGAGCGCUGGGCCCCGCGCUCGACGAGCUGCAGGAGGCGGCACGCGCGCUGCUCGACCGCACCGAGGACGCGGAGCUGCACGGAGACGCGGAGCGCGACGCGCUCAGGGCGCCGCACCGCGACGCGGCGCAACGUGUGCAGUGUGCUGUGGUGGAGGCUGAGCGCCGGGUGAGCGAGCACCGGAUCUGGGUGGACUCCGAGCAGCAGCUGCAGAAGUUGGUGGAGGACGCCAGGGAGGAGCUUUCUCACCUCCCCCCUGGCACCCUCACCCUCACCACGCUCACCCCGUCUCUGCGCGAUCUGCACGAGCGCGGCAACGUGGCCGUCUGCACGGCGCGCACCUGGGGGGGGCGCGUGGGCCCAGACACGGGCUCCCCGGGGGGUCCCCUCAUCACCCGUCGCCUCCACGCACUUUCCCGCGAGUGGGAGAGCCUGUGGGGCGACCCGGCCGCAUCGCCCGCCCGCACCCCCUCCUCCGCCAUUGCCCCCUCCUCCUCUUCGUCCGCCAUUGCCCCCUCCUCCUCUUCCUCCACCGUCGCCUCCACCGGCGCCUCCACCGUUGUCUCCGUCGCCUCCACCGGCGGCUCCACCGGCGCCUUUGGAAUUGUCGGCAGCUUCCGCGGCGGUGACUCGGUCGACUUGGUCGCCCGGUCCCCAAUCGAGCCGGCAGCCUCGCCCGUCCGCUCCGCCGCCCCGCCGGGCAGCGGCGACAUCGCCAACAUCACCAACAUCACCAGCAUCAUCUCCAGCGCCACCAACAUCACCAACAUUUCCAGCGCCACCAACAUCUCCAGCGCCACCAACAUCUCCAAUAUCUCCAGCACCAACACCUCCAGCACCUUCAACAGCAGCAGCAGCAGCAUUGACGACAGCAGAAACCAUAGCAGCAGCAAGAUUGGCAGCGGCAUCAGCGCCAUGCAGGGGCCGGCGUCGGCAUGGACGGCGCUCGGUGCGAGUGGCAGCGGAGUCGGAGGCAGUGGAGCUCGCGUGGAGAGAGUCCCAGCGACAUCGGCAGCAUCACCGGCGGUGGCAGCGGCGGCGGCAGCAGCGACGGCGACCGCGCCGGUGUGGGCAUCGCACAGAAGUCCCCAGGGCCCCAUGGCCCCGGCAGUGACGGCCGGAGACCUGGCCAUGUGGCUGGACCAUGCGGAGGCCGUGGUGGGACGCAUCGCCGCCACGCAGCCCGACCUGGCUGCCAAGAGGGUGGCGCUAAGGGCGCAUGAGGUGCUGCUCGAGGAGGCUCGGCAGUACGAGGGGGCGGCCGUGGCGCUGGGAGAGGGGGCGGCCGUGAAGGACCCCGGCGCGGACGCCCUGCGCCAGCGUUACUGGCGCUUCCGGGAGUUGCUCGAGGCCUCCACCCAGCGUUGGCGAGAGCUCACGGCCACCCACAACGACUUCCAGCAGCGCCACUACGCCUUCCGCACGUGGCUCUCCCACGGCCGGCGCCAGUUGCAGGACACGCUGAGCCCCCAGGGGGGCGGCACGGGGGUGCGGACGCGGGCGCAGGCGGAGCUGCGGGGGGCGCUGCACGAGCGCCGCUCCGAGAAGGAGGCCGAGCUGGCGCUGCUGCUGCAGCUGGGGGCGGCCGCGGCCCAGGACACGAGCGCCGCCGGCGCCGCCAAGAUCCGCGCGUGGAUGCGGGAGAUGAGGCAGGGGUGGGACUCGCUGUGGAGCAUCCACGCGUCGUGCGAAAGGUCGGAGAGAGGUCGCGAGGGAGCGGCGUGGAUCGCACGCGAAGCAGAGACUGCAGCGUGCACCGCCCAGCCACAGAUGGAGGUGGCGCGAGUGGAGGCUGAGGUCACGGCCGCACCAGAGCAAGCCAACACGGCACUGCGCUACAGGAAGCAGCCACCACCACGCGCCGAGUCGUCCGUGCUGACGCGCGACAAACGGGGGAGCAGGUGGUGCGCGUUUGUGCGCCGCGUGCUCAAGGCGGCGGUGCCAUUCCUGCUGCUGCUGCUGCUCCUGGCACUGCUCGUGCUGCUGUGCUGGAUCCCGGCCGCUCAGCGCCACCACAGCUGCUCGCUCGCCAACAACCUCGCCCGCUCCUUCCAGCCCAUGCUCACCUACACCAACGGGCCCCCGCCCACAUAAGAGUGGGCAGACGCUCACCACUUAUCUACCCAGCUGCUCACCUACCCAGUUGAUCGCCUACCCAGCCGCUCACCUACCCACCUGUUCACCUGCCCAGCCGCUCACCUACCCAUCGACUCGCACAUCCACUUUAUCUACCCACUCACCUACCCACCCACUCACCUACCCACCCACUCUAUCAACCCACCUACAUAUUCACUCACCUACUCGCCUACUCUUGCACCUGUUAUCUUCACCUUCUCACUCAUCCACGCUACUGAGAAUAGGGGUGAGCAGAGGGUGUGUGGUGAGGAUGGAGUGAGGAUGGGGAUGAGGUGAGACGCAUACUCACCGUUUCUUUUUCCACCAAGCUAAGGGGCAGCGCUCGACGCCCUGAGUCAGUGGUGGAAAUUCCACAUUCCCAGGGCAGGGACCAACGUUUUGUAUAGAGCAGUCACCGUGGACUUCCCACGUGGUGCGGUACUCAAUUUAACAACCCCAGACGGGUGAUGACCCCCCAAGGGGGAAUUGAACUUCGUGUGACCUGAGACUGAGAGUCCAGGUCACGAAGCCCAGGGGCACCUCCGCUGGCUGUUGGGCGUCUGGCUGUGUAGCCCACAGGUACUUGGUGAGCGAGAGAGAGGCGCUGGUGUCGUCACAUAGAGAGGUCGUCCACGUGCCGUGCGAGUGUUUGCCGACACGUCCACGCCGUGGUGCCUCGCUGCCCAACCUGGCCCACUCACCUGCCCUCGCGGCAUGGGGGGGGGGGGGGUUGUAUGUAUGUAGUGGAACUUGUGUAUAAAAGUUAUUUCACACCGUACGUAGCCAACCUUGCUAAUCGGGAGUGGCGGGGGAGAUCAUCGUGAGAUCCAGUGGGCAGCGCCAGAAAGAGUCGCAGGGCUACCAGGUCUGGCCAGGAAGGCCCAACUUGAGAUUCGGCACCACCCGGGACGAGGGAGGCGUUGCUGGAUAAGACCAAGAUUUGUCGCAAGUCCAUUGAGCGGCAGCAUUUGUGAAACUCAUCUGUGGAGACCCAGCGAAGGGGAACAUCGGUUCGUCAAGGUGGGCGGGGGGGGUUCAAUGAACCCUAGCAGGAUGACCGAUGUUAUUACCUCUGGGUGGUGGUGGUGCGGUUUCUCUCGGGUCAGCAACUGUUUUGAGAAUCGGUAACCGGUUACCAGCAGGGCGUUGGUUGGUAAAUGCACCGGCCACCCUCGUUUCUCAGUCCCAAAGUGCAGGCGCAGCCGUGCAGUGCCUCUCACGCCGCUGCUGGCGGAAGGGGCCUACACAAGAGGGAACUCUGGGGAGCCGCUUUAGGAGCUCUACCCAUCCCUCGAGGGUGUUUGGCCUACUCCACACUCGCCACACGUCAUGGAGGGUGUAUGCCCACACUUUAUUCCUAUCAAAUUUAAGAAGCCUACGCCGGUGUUUCAACUGCCGUGUCAGAUGAUGGACGACAAGGCCAGGGCGCUGCUGACCACUAACCCUACAGCGAAAAGCACAAACAUAUAUACACAUUUUAACGAGCCUAGUUUGUCGGGGCUACCCUAUUUCCUCUAACGUGAGCUAUUGUCCUUUAAAACAAUCUGCCAAACAUCCCCGUGUGGCAGGACCCUCCUUACAGGGAGCUCUUGAGACUCGGUGAAGCUCACCCCCCUGGGGUCAAGGGCAGUGCUGCGGCCGCCCCUCCCACCCCGCAGCGCAUUUGCGAUUGUUACAUCGGCGCUGCCGCGUUGAGAAUUGAGGCGCCCGCUUUUGCGGGCGCUGAAGCGCCAGCGGCUUUGUCAUGGCGCUCGCACUGCCAGGUGUAAGGCGCCAGAUGUAAGCUGCCCGCUUCACGACUCGGGCCCCCGACUACCGGUACGUAGCAGCAGCAGCAGCCGCGCGCCGUCGCCCUCGUCGGGCGGUGUGCUUACACGUGGGUUUAUUUGUAUUUUUUUUCUUACGCUUUUAAGACGCCGGUGGCUAUGUCAGCAAUAACGUGAAAUAAUAAAUUCUCUAACCACA